ACACAAGUUACAGCGAUACAACUCUUGUCUCUAUCAGUACCACCAAUUACUUAGUAAUUAGUUUGUAGAGGAAACAGAGCAUUGUAUUUAUACAAAAAAUAUAAGUGAUCUCUUGUCUGGACAUACGCAUAUGUAUGAUAUUUCAUUUUCUUUAGAUGAUUUGAUGUGUUUUUUAAGUCUGAAAGAGAUAAUGUGUGCAAUCCCUUGUCAUGAAAUAUGAAUGUUUGGAAUUAGCAUUAAAAGGGCGAAACAUAUGAGAAUAAACAAUUUACAAGACAAAAGACUGGACGAAGAUUGCAUUUCUCUUUUAUAGCCAAAUGUGAUGACUUGUGCCGUUUCCUUGUCGAGACAAAAGAUUUCUUUCAUAAUGAAAGAGACAGAGGAGAGCCAUGAAGUAUUCGAGAAAUUCCGGGAUAACACGAGAACUUAGGACGAUUGUUGGAAUUCUGACCGUUCUUAUCUGGCGGACUAAACAGCAAUGAUUCGGUGCUUAAUAAAUAUGGAAAUAUCCAUAGAAACGUUUCUUUGAAUGUAAUUGAGGAUAAAGAAAGAACUACGUAAAGAAUGUUUUAUCUUCCAUGGAAUUUACCUAAGGGAGUCAUUAGAAAAGUACCUGUGUGAAAUGUGUAUCUUUUUUUCGUUUUGUUCUUAUAGGAGGAAAAUUCCUACAGGUUGUUGUGAUCUCUUUGUGGUUGACCUGUUGUAAAUAUUGUAACAUAAAUCAGGUAUGGGUCUUGAGAAUGUAUCCUGGGAUAACUUGAUGGUGUCGGCCUCGGAAGCUGUGUUUAACGACAAGUGUAAUUUUGAUAAUUUUUCUCAUACACAAAUGAACUGCAGUGAGAUUGACUUUUCAAACAAAUCGGAUAAUAUUUCUGUGAUAGUGUCUCAAAAUCUUUCCUAUUUUCUUCCUAAUUGUUCUUUUGGGAAUACGUCGCUUGGGAAUUGUUCCACGGAAAACGUUUCAAAUGUUGCCACCAAACCUGGAAAGUCUCUUGCUGAAAUAAUUGUAAUAGCACUGUUAUGUGCAAUUCUUUCCAUCCUGACUAUAGGGGGUAACUUACUGGUUAUAAUAGCUUUCAAAAUGGAUAAACAGUUACAAACAAUAAGUAACUACUUUUUGUUAAGUUUAGCUGUUGCUGAUAUGACGAUUGGAUUUGUAUCAAUGCCUCUGUAUUCUGUGUAUAUUAUUAUGGGAGAAUGGCCCCUGGGCCCUGUGUUUUGUGAUUUCUGGUUAUCCUUGGACUAUUUGAUGAGUAACGCAUCAGCUGCAAACUUAAUGCUGAUUAGUUUUGACCGUUACUUCUCCGUAACCAGACCUCUGACUUACCGUGCAAAGAGAACGACUAAGAAGGUCGGAAUUAUGAUUGGAUGUGUAUGGUUAAUAUCCUUGUUAUUAUGGCCGCCAUGGAUUUUUGCAUGGCCGUACAUUGAAGGGGUUCGAUCUGUUCCAGAAAAUGAGUGUUAUAUCCAGUUUAUUUAUACAAACAUAUAUGUGACAAUAGGGACACAUUUUGUUGCUUUUUGGCUUCCUGUUGCGCUAAUGUGUUUUCUUUAUUUUAAAAUAUAUAGAGAAACUGAAAAAAGACAAAAAAGAAUGCCAAUGCUGUUGGCAACAAAAGACUUUAAGGGGUUCAAGAAAAGUUUAUCACAGGAACAGAACUUGAUGUAUUCGCCACGAUCCUCGUCUUUGGAACUGGACGACAUGUAUGAACUAGCAGAAAGCCUGGCCCAAAACGAUAGAUCGUGUUCUCGUUGGUUUUGCUGUAAAAUAGAUCGCGAUGACGACUGCGAUGAGCUGAGCAGCAGUGACCAAGCGUUGCCGUUAAGCUUAGAAGUUGAGUCGACAGGCAAACCUGCGCACCCAUCUAAACAUGCCAAUGGUUGCCACCGAAAUGGAGGACCUUCUCGCUCAAAUGGAUUUGUUAUUCCGCUAAUUGCGAUGGGUUCGAGUCGAGCGUCCUCUGUCAUCACUUCUCCGGAAUCAUUAACCAAAACGUCAAGUGCGAACACAGAUUUAUCGGCGUUGACCAAUGAAUGUCAAAGUCCACUUCUCGAUGAUACUGACGAACUCUACACUAUUGUCAUUAAUAUCCCUAGGGAGGAAUCAAUUAACAUAACCCCUAGUCCAUCCAUUCAGAUGACUGCAGACACGCAAGAAGUCAAUCAAAAAUACAAAUCGGGACCAAAUAGGAAAUCUGAUUAUGAACUUGAAAAAAUUUCGGAGGAAGUUAUAGAGCGUAUAUCCACCGAAGAAGGGUUAAUGUCAAGUAGUGAGUCUAUUCCAUUACCAAAAGGGACUCCGGCACUAGGACGUCGGACUAGGUACACAGACGCAAAUAGAACUGCUCAGCAGGCAAAAAUUGCUAAACAAGCUGCACUUAAAGUAAAACAACAACAAAGAGCUAGGAAGAAACGAACAGAACGAAAACAAGAUAAGAAAGCUGCCAAAACCUUGAGCGCCAUUUUAUUUGCUUUUAUCAUUACAUGGUUGCCAUAUCAUGUUGCGACUUUAGUAGAGGUUUCGUGUCCAGGUUGCGUUCCUAUGACCCUUUACACCUUUGCUUACUGGUUUUGUUACAUAAAUAGUACUAUCAAUCCAGUGUGCUACGCACUUUGCAAUGCCAACUUCAGAAAGACUUUCUGGAAGAUUUUAACUUGCCGUUGUGCACGCAACCGGACGUUGAUGCAGCGUCGUAUGACGUCAAUAUAUUCGUUUGGUGCUACAAACAGAUGACCCCUAGCCGGUUUGGACCAUGAAAUUGGAACACCGACAAGGCGUGAGAAUGACGAAGUAAAUUGUGAUGGGAUUUGAUACCUGCAUUACAAAAGAAAAUGUUAAAUUAAAUUUGAAUGAGCAGAUGGAAACAUAUGUUGUGAUGGUCGAAGAUGAUGUCAAAAUAUGACAGAUUCCAUUGUAUUUAUUGUUGACGCACAAUCUAAAUCAAUCUGCUUUACUUGUUACAGAUAUUGCAUUGCCUUCUCAUUGUCUGUAAUUCAUAAGUCAGAACUUUCGAUUUCUCCAGACUGUGAUAAUUUACGCGAUUAAAACUACUCAUUUGGACUUAUUAAUAAGUUUUAAUUCAAAUAUUGUUCUGUUUGAACUUUUAAGAACCCUCUAUACACUGCACACUAAAGAGUUCCGAUUUUGUGGUAUUUUUAUGCAGAUAGAGUACUGUAAACCAACUUUUAUUCGCGUGCGAGAAAUUUUCGCGAGGUUCGCGAGAGCCUCGUCAUCGCGAAUAUUUCUCGCCGUGAACCGGUCCUUAAAGUCUCUCUUUCUAUUAACAACAGAUAAAAAAGGCUUGGUCGCGAAAAUUAAUCGUCGCGAACUAGUUUAUCCCCGGUAAAUCGCGAAAUAAAGUCGUCGCGAAUAAAAGUUGGUUUACAGUAAUCUGCCCUUCGAUCUAGAAUAUGAUAAUUGAAAUGUACAGUGUAUAAUACUUAAUUUGUGAUCAAAAUCAAGCAUUCAUACAAUUUUAAUAGGCCAAGACAAACAUUUGCAGGCAUUUUGCCCACUAAAAUAAACAACAGAGAUUUCUGUUCAUCAGUA